GAGCAGUUGCUCCGGCAGCGCUCGGGGAAGGAGCCAGGUGAGCCGCCCCGGUGGCGGGGGGCGGGGGCAGGAUGAUCCGCGACCCCACCCUCCGACCCCCUCCUCUUCCGCCCACAUCCACCGGAGCCACCAACACCAGGAAAGGGGGCGUAGGGCGAGGGAUGGAAGAGGGAACAGGGCAGGAGAGAGGAUGGGAUCGGGAGAAAGGCGAUUCCUUUGGGGGAGGGGCGCGUGGAGACCGAGUAUGAGUGUGUGUGAGUGCGUGUGUGCAAGGUGUGGUUGCACGGAUGCUGGUUGCUUCUGCGUAUCUGCGGGCGUGUGUCUGUAUUGUAGCCUGGAGUCAGUGCUCGGUUCUGCACCUGCAGGAUGUCCAGGUGUCUGCUGGGUGGGUCUGUACCUUUGGGCUUUGCCGUUCGUGUCCGUGCCUUCGCCCCUGGGGGCUGGUCUACAUUUGUGUCUCCGUACAUGGUUCUUUUUGUUUCUGGAGAGUAAAUUCCUGGAGCAAUUGCUAGACCUGCCUGCUGUCACCUGGCUGACACGGAGGCCCGCCCCCUUCUCUCAGCAGCCUGGGGCCCAGGCCCGGGCCACCAUGGCGCUACCUCCAGGCCCAGCCACCCUCCGGCACACACUGCUGCUCCUGCCAGCCCUUCUGAGCUCAGGUUGGGGGGAGUUGGCGCCACAAAUAAAUGGUCAGACCUGGGCUGAGCGCGCGCUUCGGGAGAAUGAACGCCACGCCUUCACCUGCCGGGUGGCAGGGGGGCCUGGCACCCCCAGAUUGGCCUGGUAUCUGGAUGGACAACUGCAGGAGGCCAGCACCUCAAGACUGCUGAGCGUGGGAGGGGAGGCCUUCUCUGGAGGCACCAGCACCUUCACUGUCACUGCCCACCGGGCCCAGCAUGAGCUCAACUGCUCCCUGCAGGACCCCAGCAGUGGCCGAUCAGCCAACGCCUCUGUCAUCCUCAAUGUGCAAUUCAAGCCAGAGAUUGCCCAAGUCGGCGCCAAGUACCAGGAAGCUCAGGGCCGAGGCCUCCUGGUUGUCCUGUUUGCCCUGGUGCGUGCCAACCCGCCUGCCAAUGUCACCUGGAUCGACCAGGAUGGGCCAGUGACUGUCAACACCUCUGACUUCCUGGUGCUGGAUGCGCAGAACUACCCCUGGCUCACCAACCAUACGGUACAGCUGCAGCUCCGCAGCCUGGCACACAACCUCUCGGUGGUGGCCACCAAUGAUGUGGGUGUCACCAGUGCCUCACUUCCAGCCCCAGGGCUUCUGGCUACCCGGGUGGAAGUACCACUGCUGGGCAUUGUUGUGGCUGCUGGGCUUGCCCUGGGCACCCUCGUGGGGUUCAGCACCUUGGUGGCCUGCCUGGUCUGUAGGAAAGAGAAGAAAACCAAAGGCCCCUCCCGGCGCCCAUCUCUGAUAUCAAGUGACUCCAACAACCUAAAACUCAACAACGUGCGCCUGCCACGAGAGAACAUGUCCCUCCCGUCCAACCUUCAGCUCAAUGACCUCACUCCAGAUUCCAGAGCAGUGAAACCAGCAGACCGGCAGGUGGCUCAGAACAACAGCCCGCCAGAGCUUCUGGACCCGGAGCCCGGCGGCCUCCUCACCAGCCGAGGUACUGGGGAAGGGGCCUGCCACCCUUUUCCUCUGCCCCCCGGCCCUGUGCUUAUGCCAAAGGCCUCCAGCUGCCCAGGAGGCAGAGAGGACUCUCCCAAGUUCCAAGGAACAAGCGUUCCUGAGUCCCUGCGGGCUUCUUGGAUCCUGCAGGUUUCAUCCGCCUCCCAAUGCUGGGCUAUAUCUAUCGAGUGUCCAGCGUGAGCAGUGAUGAGAUCUGGCUCUGAGCCGAGGGCGAGACAGGAGUAUUCUCUUGGCCUCUGGGCACCCUCCCAUUCCUCCAAGGCAUCCUCUGCCUAGCUGUGUCACCAACGUGAAGAGGUCAUGCCACUGCCACUUUUGCUUGCCCUCCUAGCUGGGGUGCCCUCUAUGUCAUGCAUGGGAUGCAUUUCACUGGGCUGUAACCCACAGGGGCACAGGUAUCUUUGGCAAGGCUACCAGUUGGACCUAAGCCCCUCAUGCUGACUCAGGGCGGGCCCUGCAUGUGAUGACUGGGCCCUUCCAGAGGGAGCUCUUUGGCCAGGGUGUUCAGAUGUCAUCCAGCAUCCAAGUGUGUCAUGGCUUGCUGUAUGCCCACCCCAGUACUCCACAGCACCUUGUACGGUAGGCAUGGAGGCGUGCCUGUGUGGGGGACAGGGAGGGCCCUGCAUGGAUUUUCCUCCUUCCUAUGCUAUGUAUCCUUGUUCCCUCAGGUAAAACUGAGGACCCUGCUAGCUAUGUAGACCCAAAUUGCCCUUUGUACAGGAACCAACCCCUGGCCCAGGGGCACUGGCGAAGCACAAGUCCUUUUUGCUGCAUAGCUCUCUGCUCUUCUCUGCCCCUUCCUUCCCCACCUCCUCCAGAGAAUUCUAGGUUACAUGUUGGACCUUCUCUACUACUUCGCUGGGCACUAGACUUUUCUGUUGGCCUGUGCCACCGCUCAGUAUUAGCACAAGUCAGGGAGGGAGAGGCAAGCGAUGAGUCUAGUAGCACCCAGGACGGCUUGUAGCUAUGCAUCAUUGUAUUACGGUGUUAGCACUUUAAGCACAUCCCCUAGGGGAGGGGGUGAGUGAGGGGCCCAGAGCCCUCUUUGUGGCUUCCCCACGUUUGGCCUUCUGUGAUUCACUGGGAGUGUCCUGAGCUCUCGGGAUUGACGGUUUUCCUCUCAGCAUGUCUCCUCCACCAUGGGACCCCAGCCCUGACCAACCCCUGGUUGCCCCAUCAGCAGGAAGGUGCCCUUCCUGGAGGAUGGUCGCCACAAGCACGUAGUUCAACAGUGUGGAAGCUUUAGGGGGACAUGGAGAAAGGAGGAGACCACAUACCCCAAAACGACCUAAGAACGCUUUAAAAGGCGACAUGUAAAUGAUUGGAAAUGAAUAUAGUACAGAAUAUAUUUUUCCCUUGUUGAGAUCUUCUUUUGUAACGUUUUUCAUGUUACUGCCUAGGACAGUGCUGAGCACACAGUAAGUUUAAUAAACUUGACUGAAUUAAUUUACA